AUGGCGCUUGCUCUAAAAGCCGAGAAAAAGCUCCUACGAAAGGCCAUGGCAUCCAAAUUGAAAAAUCUAGUGUCAGUCUCGGAACAAUCCAAAGCAGUCACUGAACGAAUCCUGCGGCACCCAUAUUUUGCCAGAUGUGCAUCUAUCGGAUGCUAUCUCAGCAUGCCUUCGGGGGAGAUAGACACUGACCUUCUUGUGCGGAGCAUUCUGCGCUCGGGUUCGUCGGUUUUGCUCCGAGUAAUGUUCAUUUUGACUUUGUUGGCCAACUCAGGCAAGACGCUGUAUGUCCCCAACAUCGACAAAACAAUCGAAGGCCGGAUGGAGCUUCUGCGCGUAUACGACGAAGCUGAUUUAGACUCGCUGCCGAGCGGCGUGUGGGGAAUCAGGGAACCUGGGCAGUUACGAAACGGGCAACCACGAGCGAGUGCAGAAGACACUGGCUUGGACCUCAUUCUUGUCCCCGGACUGGCGUUCGACCGCUCCUUCUCACGUCUUGGGCAUGGGAAGGGGUACUACGACAGAUUUAUCACCACCUACUCCACCAACCGUCCAACCCCAUUGCUUAUGGGUUUAGCUCUGCAAGAGCAACUACUUGACGCCGGGACAAUACCAACCGCCUCUCAUGACUGGAAAAUGGACUCCAUAGUCGUGGAUGGCGAAGAAAUUGAGCAAGGGUCAGACUAG